ACAUGUACAUAUGUCAUGUCUUUGGCUGCUGCAUUGUGUCUUGUUGUUUCAACGUAAAUUCAUUAACAUAGGCUGUUAUAAUGUAGUCUGUUACAAUAAGUACAAAAAAGGGUAUAAUCAAAAUAUAAUGCAUAAUAUUUUGUCAUUAUGUGAAGACUCACUGGUCAGUUCAGUGUAACAAUGCUCAGAACGUGCGUCUGUUUUUCCUUUAGGUUACUGUAAUAAGCUUAGUAAGUGCACACCACUGUUUCUGAACUAUCUGCAAACUGUAGUUUCCACGAUGCCAUAAUCAUCGCAUUUUUAAAACGGUGUAUUAAGUUGAACAUAGUUUUGAAGACCCUGCAUUGUUAAAUUCAGCUGUGCUCCAUCUAGAUGUUUGAAAGAUAGAUUUCGCCUUGUGUGUGUGCGCACUUCUCCAGAGUGUAGAGCGCCAUCUCUGCCCCGCACAGAAAGUCACGCUGCGCUCUGUUGGAUUUUGUUGCUGUGAUGAUUCAUGCUUCCUCCCAUUUCACUUGGAAUUUAAAACUUCAUACAGGGAAAACUGCAAUGGAACGCCACUUUAUGUUGGACUUACAACUCAUGCGGAAAUCUUCAGCUCUGAUUUCGCUGAGAUGCAGGUGUGUCGUGCAAACAUGUCGGCACUGAGGGAGAUUUACAGUCAAAGAUAAACCUUCACUUUUAUUAAAUAAUAUACAUUGAGUCAAAGUUUCUACAUUAUAUGGCAAUAAAUCCUGUUUAGCAAACGUGCAGAGACAGAUUUUCAAAACACGUUGGAUUAAACUUUCUUUUGAUUAUUUUAAAUCUGUAGAACAAAUGUUAGCAUUGCAGCAUCGUUUAUCAGUUUGGUUGCUAUGAGAAGUCUGUUGACAAUCAAGGCACCGCUGAAAAUGACAACGUAAUUAAUCUCAAAAUUAAAAAUAAGGCCCCUCUUUGAUACAUAGCAUUUAGCUGUCAGGUAGUUGUCACUGAAUUUCGAAUAUAGUGAAAAGUCACAUCAAACAUUUUCAUUUUCGAUCAUCGUUUUCAUGAUCGAUCAUUGCUGUCACUUCUGAGUACUCGUGCCCAUCCCUAUUUUUGACACAAGAAAACCUUGACUGACAUUUAUAAGUGAACCUUGGCUUGAUCUCCUCUCUGCUGUUGAGACAUAUCUGGUGGAGAUCUGGUUUGCGCUUGCAGUAUUUGGGUCACGCCAUCCAUGGUCACUGGGCCCCUGGUUGGCAACACCCCAAGAAGUUUUGUCAUGAGGGGCUUCCCUUGUCAAUAAUCUCUCCCCUCCUCCCUUCCUGUUGGCCUGCUGACCAGGAACGCCAUACCUUACUGGAACAAUUAGCAUUUUUAUGGGGUUCUACAUCUAUUUGAAAACCAGUAAUAAAUUCCUAUGUCCCUGCUUGAUAAAGCGGCAUGUCGUCACCAGAUGCAAAGCUGCUGCAACAACCACAAAGUCUGUGACAAUCAGGACAAAUGGAUUCCAGCAUGCAUCAUUUGUGAGUGGUGGAAAUCUACUGCUUUUGGGACAUUUACGAGGGCUGUGAAUCGAUAAAAAAAAAAUAAAUAAAGUAACUAAUUAAUCGAACAGUUUUCUGUGUUUAAGCACGAUUAAUCAUGGUACAUUUAAAACAAACAUUAAAAUCAAAUAUAUUUACUUUUUAUAGUUUUUCUCAAGGAACUUCAAAGUCACUUAUUUUAACUAUUUAAAUAUGUACAUGUUAACAUUUUCAGAAUUAAUAAGACACACUUUAACAGGUAUUAAUCUUUGAUACAAAUAUAUGUAUACAUGCCAUAAAAAACAGUGGACAUGUUGUAAUUAAAUGUUUGGCAAAAUCAUCUGCCGUUUUUCAGUGGACUUUUUUAAUAAUGGGAUCAAAUGGGCAGAUUAAAUUCAUAUCAAGCUUUAUUGGCAAGAUAAAUUUAAAUGUACAUUUCUAAUGCAUUAUUAGACACCAUACAUACUAGGGGUAUAAUCAUGGUUACUAUAUGGAAACUACAGUAUUACUGUUGUAAAACCAUGGUUAAUUGUAUCAAAACCAUGAUUUCUGCAAAGAAAACCAUGGUGACAUCAGUCAUUGUUACUACAAUAUUACUGUAGUAAAACCAUGGUUGAGUUUCGCUGGGUCUUUAAAAACCCUUUUCUCUAAUUAAUCAACAUUUUAACUUAAUACCUGCACUAUUACGCUACAUGGAUUGACAUAAAAUGCAUUUCAAACUCUACUGCACAUACAGUAUAUUCAAUAUUGGAAGCUGUACAUCACUAUAGAAGGAACGUUGCUAUUAAAAUGGAUACGAGGGAUGUUGUGAUGCGGCUUGAGUGUUUUAAUCAUACGCGGAAAUCACACAUCUUCGUCAGCGGAGUAGGGAAAUGUAUCGUUGGCAAUGAACACCCCAAUCGCUUUAGUUAUUGUUUUAUGCCUGUCUGAAUCAUCACCGAGUGCUUGCUUAAAAAAGAAAAGGGAUAGUGUGCAGUUUUGGCUCAUCUGCGGCUCUGUGCGUGCCGUACGCUAUCUUUCCCUGGUGAUUUCGGCGUAAAUUAUAUGUCGAUGUAUUACCCGUAUACGGCACUUGUGUCGAGCAAUGUCUGCAAACAGUGCCUGUUUUGUAAACGUUUUUUGACCAUCGCUGUUGUAACUGACUGAAAAAAGAAAAUGUUUCCAGACAGGGACCUGAAUAACGCAGGGUGUUUCUCUGUCAGCAGCUCGCUUUCUCCACUUGCCAUUUUCAACUACACACAACCCUUGCAGAACAGUGAUGUCAUCAAGUUGACCCACAUGAAACACAGGCGGAGUGUAUCCAUCUACAGAUCUAUUCAGGUGCAUUAGCAGACAUUGUAACUAAAGAACCAAUUUCCUUCGGAAACAGCAAAAUCUGUACAUUAUUCCAAAUUUUUGGCUGCCAGUGUAUAUGUCAAUUUUAGCCACAGGGAGUGAGGAAAAUCAUUAGUGAAAGAAAAAACGGAUACUGCAUUAAUUGCGUAAUUUUUUUUAACGCGUUAAACAGUCAACUAUUAAUCACUAAAAUUAACGUGUUAAAUUUCCCAGCAUUAGUAUUUACACAGUCACUUUGUGUCUGGAUCCAUCAGAUUGCUAUCCGAUUGGAUAUGCACAUUUGAUUUGCACUUUGCCACAAAUGAAUCUCCACAAAAAGGAUAGGCCUAUCAAUCAGUAAAAACGCAUGAAGUAACCAAGUUAUAAUAAAGGCUGAUGCUAUUUGCAUCCUGGUGCAAAUACAUGUAGUUGCUAUUUACACCCCAGUGCAAAUAGUGACAUAUUAUUUUGCCCCCCAACCCUGGUACAUAUAAUGGUCGAUACUAUUUGCAUCCCUAAUUAAAUACCAACAUACAGCAUAGGGGCAUUACUGCAGCGUUUUUAUUGGUUAGGGUCCCACAGACACACCACAUCAACCCUCACUCCUAAACCUAACCUUAACCUUCCUCUGGUGGUGGGGACGUGGUCGAGCGCCGGCUUAUGAAUGGAGAGCGAGAUCGGGAGAUGAGAACGAACAAAAGAGAUGAGCAUCUCCUGAAGAAACGAAAUGUUCCACAGGAAGAGAGUCUGGAAGACUCAGAUGUGGACUCAGACUUCAAAGGGCAAAAUGUAACACUAGAUGCCAUCUUACAGAACGCCACCAGUGAUAAUGCAGUUGUGCAGCUCAGUGCUGUGCAAGCAGCGAGAAAAUUACUCUCGAGUGACAGAAACCCCCCCAUAGACGACUUGAUAAAAUGUGGAAUCCUUCCAAUCUUAGUUAAAUGCCUGGAGAGGGAUGACAAUCCUUCAUUGCAGUUUGAAGCUGCCUGGGCUCUGACUAACAUUGCAUCAGGGACGUCUGCGCAGACACAGGCAGUGGUCAAAUCAAAUGCUGUCCCUUUGUUUUUGAGACUACUUCAGUCACCUCAUCAGAAUGUGUGCGAGCAGGCCGUGUGGGCACUGGGCAACAUCAUCGGUGAUGGGCCUCAGUGUCGAGAUUACGUCAUCUCACUUGGCGUGGUCAAACCUCUCUUGUCAUUUAUUAAUCCUUCCAUCCCCAUAACCUUCCUGAGAAAUGUUACCUGGGUCAUUGUCAACCUGUGCCGGAACAAAGACCCACCCCCACCCAUGGAAACAGUACAAGAGAUUCUUCCUGCCCUUUGUGUACUCAUAUAUCAUACAGAUAUUAAUAUUCUGGUAGACACGGUGUGGGCUCUGUCGUAUCUGACAGAUGGAGGUAACGAGCAGAUUCAGAUGGUUAUAGACUCAGGUGUCGUCCCAUUCCUUGUCCCACUGCUCAGCCACCAAGAGGUCAAAGUUCAGACUGCGGCGCUGAGAGCAGUGGGGAACAUUGUAACAGGGACGGAUGAGCAGACUCAGGUGGUGCUCAACUGUGAUGUCCUCUCUCACUUUCCCAGUUUGCUCACACACCCUAAAGAGAAGAUCAACAAGGAGGCAGUGUGGUUCCUGUCCAAUAUAACAGCAGGUAACCAGCAGCAGGUGCAGGCAGUAAUAGAUGCUGGUCUCAUACCCAUGAUCAUUCACCAGCUCGCCAAGGGUGAUUUUGGAACACAGAAGGAGGCUGCGUGGGCCAUCAGUAACUUGACAAUAAGUGGAAGAAAGGAUCAGGUGGAGUACCUGGUGCAACAAAACGUGAUCCCGCCUUUCUGUAACCUGCUGUCAGUGAAAGACUCUCAGGUGGUCCAGGUGGUCCUUGAUGGAUUGAAAAACAUCCUCAUCAUGGCUGGAGAAGAAGCCAGCACAAUUGCUGAGAUCAUUGAAGAGUGUGGAGGAUUGGAAAAAAUUGAAAACCUACAGCAGCAUGAAAAUGAGGACAUCUAUAAACUUGCAUUUGAAAUCAUUGAUCAGUACUUUUCAGGAGAUGAUAUUGAUGAGGACCCCAGUCUGAUUCCUGAGGCCACCCAAGGAGGCACAUUUAACUUCGAUCCAGCCUCCAACCUACAAACCAAGGAGUUCAAGUUCUAGACAACCGGAACUUUGAACUUAAGAAUGGUGGGUUUCCCAGCUGCUCCUCAACCCUCCGCCACCUACUGACCCAUCAUCUAUCAGCCACUCACUAACAAGAUAAACCAACCAACCAAUCACCAUGCUCUGAAACUACACUCACACAGGAGAAAAUGGCACUGAAGGAUCUGAGUACCUGUCUCAAAUGCCACUCAAGAAAUGGAUGGAUCUCAAUGACCUCAAGACAUGGAAGAGAAAAAGAAAAAGAACAUGACUUGUUCAUUAUACUUAAGUUGCCAAAACAACAGCAAAAAAAAAAAAAAAAAAAGGAAAUAUUUUACUCUUUCUUUCACUCACACUCAUAGGAGAGCAUGAACAGUAAUAGGAACUUCUUUUGAUGUACCAGCCAUCAUAUCAGCCAAGGAAGAAGAAAGAGAGAAUCUUGAAAUUUAAAGGCAGGGAAUUUUCUUUUGCUUUCCAGAAAAUUUCCUUCACUCAAAACAUUGUGCUUCUGGUGAUGAUCUUAGAGUUUUAGACAGACACCCAACUCAAGACAUCCAGCUUCUACUGUGUUAAGCCAUCGGACCCCCCUCCCCCAUUCCUCUUAGAUCUAUGAUCGAGCCUAAAAUGGGUUAUUCCAUGGAAUAUUUUUUAAAUGGGGGAGGGGGUGUCUCUAAAUAUGUGGUGUGCAAACAGAACUGAAACUAUAACCACCAAUUCUUGCUUUUUUCUCAUUAAAUCCUGAAAUUAUGUAUAUGUACAAAACACUGAAGAAAAUGAAGAAAAAAAAAUCACGUCAACAGAUUACACAGAAAACUUUUACUGAAAGUUUGAACAAAGAAAAUCUAAUCUGAGACAGUCAAGCACCCUUAUUUUCAAAGUUUUUCAGCAAUUGUGUAGUGGACAUUCAUUGUGCCGAUCUUUUUGGUUUGCAAAGGGAAUAUCGGACAUUUCCAAGGAGGAACCUAUGUGAUAUGGUCAUCGUCAAUUCGGCCAGGACUUUUAAAGGGCCGCCCCAACCUUUGGAAGUCCUUGGGGAUAAUCUUAACAGGUCUUUCUGCUCAAGAAGGGUGCUCUGGAAGCGCUCAAUGCUCUGGGUUCAUCUUUGCUACUUCCUGUCUGUAACCAUAGUAAUAAGUUCAUUGAGAUAACCCCAAUUGUAACCAGUCGGAAGAUAUUUUCACUAAAUCAGAACAUUUCAGCACUCUGUAGUCAAAAAACCAAGAGAAACUUUGCAACAGUGAUUGGAUUGUGAAUUCUUUUUUUUUCGUUUUGAUCGGUGAAGCUUCCGCUUUGGCAGUUUUUUCAGUCUUACACACUUUUGGGUUUUCCUGUUUUAUUGCUUAUUGUUUUUGGAGAGCGAUGUUCGCUUAAUUUUGACUAUACAAGCAAUGGGAAAAGGAAAUCCAUGACGUUGCUGUUCCUUGUUUGUUUUGUUUGUUUUCAUCUUAAUUUGCUACAACUAAAAAUAAAUUUCUUGUGUAGGUAUAUAAUGAGAAGCUACUACACUUAGAUCCACUAGACAUUGUUCGGAUGCUACAGAACAAUAACAUUGUGAUUAUCGAUUUACAGCCAAUAGGGGUAUUUUUUUUUCUUUGCUCUUUUUGUUUUAACCUUCGUUUUGUAAUGGCAAACGAUUGCCAUCAUUUGGAAAAUGGGCUUUCUUACUGUUGUGACUGGACAAUGUUUUUUUUUUUUUUUUAGUUCUUUUCCCCAUGCAUUCACUUGUAAAGGGUUGUAUGGAGGAAAAUGCAUUUGGACUAAAGUAGUUGUGUUUGGGCCACAAACUGCUGAAAAAGAUGGUAAGGAAGCUACAAGCAGCCCUGAUGAAUUCUGAAUUAGCCAUUUGUUGUUGAACAAAAAGAGAGGAAGAAAACAAGUUUAAAAUUCAUAAACUUACCUAGACGACUAGAAAAACGAGCCACUUUAAAGACUUUAAAGAAGCAUUGCCUUGUAUCAGAAAUGGAUACAAGCUUAUUGCUUGUUGCAAGAUUUUUACUUGCUGAAGAAAUAAAAAGAAUCUAAAAAUCAGCGACAGAUCGCAUUUUGGCCUCUGAUUGUUUGUAUGUUUUUAUAAAUUUUAGAACUGAAUUUCUCUUUAAGGUGGCUCAUCAGUAUUUUUUUCAACUCUUGUGCAUAUUAAAGAUAAAGAAUGAGUUGAAAUUCAUUGUGCCUUUUGUUUUUCAUUUCAAAGCAACUAAAAAAAGGUUCAGAAUACCUACCACGUUGCAUUGGAGCUGCUUAUAAUAUGGGGUCUUUUGGGUGUCAUGUCUGCCUAUCUCUGGACUUUACGAUGAGACGUACUCUGGAGUAGAUAAUAUAAUUCUACUUAAAUUCUCCUCUAGUCUGCUGGCUGACUUGUAAUUGAUCCCUUAACUUCCAUUCUGCACCUUUCACAUUCUUUUCAUAUGGAUCACAAUUGACCACAAUUCUAAACCCACCUAAUCUCCCCCCUUCGCACCUUUCUAUGGUAACGCAUCUUUCACCCAUCACUCCCUCAGGACGUGCUUUAUGUAUCAAUGAACCUAACCAAAAUAAACUUGCUGUUAGCCAUC